GGGCGCAGGCAAUCUGGGUCCUCCAGCAUGAGCUAGACCUGAACGUCUCUGUGGUUAAGAAAACAUAGAGAGGCUCCUCUCUUCCCCCACGUGUGGGGCGUGCGCAUGAUCAGUACCGACAGACCGAGAAAGAUGGCGGAGGAAGGGCAAAGGAAAAUCCCUUUGGUUCCAGAAAAUCUCCUGAAAAAGAGGAAGGCUUAUCAAGCUCUCAAAGCCACCCAGGCAAAGCAGGCGCUUUUGGCAAGGAAGGAGCAAAGAAAAGGAAAAGGGCUCAAGUUUAAGCGAUUGGAAUUGUUCCUGUAUGAUUCCUGGCGGCAGAAACGUGACAGUGUGCGUCUUAGAAGACUAGAAGUGAAACCUCAUGCCUUGGAAUUGCCAGAUAAACAUUCCUUGGCCUUUGUUGUACGCAUCCAAAGGAUUGAUGGGGUGAGUUCGCUGGUGCAGAGAACCAUUGCAAGACUUCACCUGAAGAAAAUUUUCAGUGGUGUCUUUGUCAAAGUCACCCCCCAGCGCCUAAAAAUGCUGCGUAUUGUAGAGCCCUAUGUGACCUGGGGAUUUCCAAAUCUGAAGUCCGUUCGGGAACUCAUCUUGAAACGUGGACAAGCCAGGGUCAAGAAUAAGACCAUUCCUCUGACAGACAACACAGUGAUUGAGGAGCACCUGGGGAAGUUUGGUGUCAUUUGCUUGGAAGACCUCAUUCAUGAAAUUGCCUUCCCGGGAAAGCAUUUCCAGGAGAUCUCAUGGUUCUUGCGCCCUUUCCAACUCUCAGUAGCCCGUCAUGCUACCAAAAAUAGAGUAGGCUUCGUCAAGGAAAUGGGUUCACCUGGCUAUCGGGGUGAACGCAUCAAUCAGCUAAUCCGCCUGCUGAACUAGACCUAGAAUAUCUGAAAGCACAGUGCAUUGGAAGCAUGUGUUUUUGUUUUUUGGAAUUGGCAUCAAGUAUCUUCAGAGAAGAUUAUAUUUGGGACUCUUCCUUCAAAAACUGGAAGGAAAGGAUCAGGGAAAAGAUAGAAGAUUAUGUUAAUGGCAGGCCCCUUUCAUCAGUCCAGUUCCAAGGAAAAAUUCCAAUGUUCUCCACGUUGGCUGCCCCCACCUCUGAAAUCAAUAUGUGUCAUGCAGGAAGGAGUCUCACUUUGUCACAUCUUCUAUCCUGAGGUUCAGUAUUGGUGAAUGAAUAAAGCAAGCAUGUGUACAAGACUUCUGCAGCAGUGGACCAAGCCCAGGGGCAUGCUUGAAUCUGGGGGUUCCUGGGACCUUGCUUUGAAAAGACUUGAAAUACACUUAGGAACAAGAGCACAAAAA